AUGACCAAUGGCAACGCUGAGGGUGGCUUAGGCUUACGAGCCUUACAGCUGGCCAAUCAGUCUGAUCCAGUGUGUCGACGCGCCUACCGGGAGAAGCUGAAGCGUGAGGAACGCAAGUACCUAAACGCUGCCCAUCACCAAAUCUUCGGUGAGGCACAGGACAGCGAACUGGGAGAGUCGAUCAGGGCAUACACCCACGAGCGUGAAAUUUACGAACGUCGGGAGGCGGCAACUGAAACAGACGAGGCGGUCGAACGUCCACCGGAGGAAGUACAACGCGAUGGUGAGGAGCAGGAUAGCGACAAGUACAUGUGGUAG